AAGAUUUUUCGAUUUUUGAAAAAAAAUGACCCACACAUAAAUAUACCUUAAAAUUGUUUGGUUUUCUUGUUAUACCCUUCUUGAGCUAACAGUACAGUCUGCCAUUUUGUUGAAGAUUAUUCUGGACUCUUCAAAUUAGCAGACAUUUUAGUUCACAUGACAAACCAUAAUAUACCAUUUUUUGUUUGCUUUUGACGGAACUUUAACUCGUUGUAAUUGAUGAAAACAAGGUUUGUACGGAAACGUCUCCAUAUCAUAUGCGGUAAGAAAAAAAUUCGAGACCACUAAAGUUAAACAGCGCCACCAGUCGGUAAAGUUUCGCCAAGCAGAACUGUCGCUGGUAAACACCAAUGAUAUUAUUGACAACAAUUCUGGGGGUACCAGUGAGGUUAUAUUUGGUGAAUCGGCGGCCAUUAUUGUAAAGAAGGAACAGUGAAAAUGUACCGGACAUAAAUAUCGUUGUAAAGUACGUUUUAUUAAGGCAAUUUUCCAUAUUUCUGGACUGGCAAAUUCCUCCUUCAGUUCACCAUGUUCCAGCCACAUCAACAGUUAGAUUUUGCCGCCAUGGGUAUUCCACCCGGCCAGCCACCCAUCCGCCCACCCCAGCACAUGGUACCCAUGGGUAUGCCCCCUAUUAUGCCCAUCAUCCCCGGUAUGCCCCCUGGGCCUGGGCAACCCAAGCCAGAGGGCUCCAAGAUGCCCUCCAGACCGGGAUUCGGAAAAGAUGGACGCCCGAUCAUGCUACGCGCUAACCAUUUCAAGAUUACCAUCCCACACGACACUAUAAAUCAUUAUGAUGUGACUAUCGUUCCAGAGAAGUGUCCUCGUAGGGUGAACAGAGAAGUGAUGGACACGCUAGUUAAACACACCAACAGAAUUUUCCAGAAUUGUAAACCAGUCUUUGAUGGACGUAAGAACUUGUACUGUCGCCUGGAGUUACCCAUUGGUAAAGAGAGGGUUGACCUUGAGGUGACCUUACCAGGAGAAGGGAAGGAGCGAUCAUUCAAGGUGUCCAUUAAGUGGGUGGCCCUAGUGAGUCUGCAGGCCCUGGCCGAUGCACUGGAGGGCAGAGUCAGCAUCAUCCCCUAUGAUUCUGUGCAAGCCUUGGACGUAGUCAUGAGACACCUCCCAUCUAUGACUUACACCCCAGUGGGUCGUUCCUUCUUCUCACCCCCUGAUGACUACUUCCACCCGUUGGGAGGAGGGCGAGAGGUGUGGUUUGGGUUCCAUCAGAGUGUACGCCCAUCCAAGUGGAAAAUGAUGCUGAAUAUUGAUGUCUCUGCCACUGCUUUCUACAAGGCCCAGCCGGUCAUUGAUUUCAUGUGUGAGGUUCUGGACAUCGGCAACAGCAGCGAUCAACGUCGACCACUCACAGAUUCACAGCGGGUCAAGUUUACCAAAGAAAUUAAAGGAUUGAAAAUAGAGAUUACACAUUGUGGCAACAUGCGCCGCAAGUACAGAGUGUGCAAUGUGACUAGGAAGGUCGCCCAAGCUCAGACAUUUCCCCUGGAGCUGGAGAAUGGUCAGACGGUGGAAUGCACCGUGGCUAAAUACUUCAAGGACAGACACAGACGUAUCUUACAGUAUCCGUUUCUGCCAUGCCUUCAAGUCGGCCAGGAACAGCGCCAUACUUACUUGCCUCUAGAGGUUUGCAACAUAGUGCCAGGCCAGCGCUGUAUAAAGAAACUAACCGACAUGCAAACGUCAACCAUGAUCAAGGCCACAGCAAGAUCUGCUCCAGACAGAGAACGAGAAAUCAAUAACUUGGUCCAGAGAGCACAGUUCAAUAAUGAUCCCUACAUCCAGGAGUUCAGUCUCAACAUCAGUACAGACAUGGUGCGCAUCGAGGGCAGGGUGUUACCGGCCCCCAAGAUCCAAUAUGGCGGCAAGCAACCGCAGAGUAGUCGAACAUUGGCAAUACCAGCCCAGGGUGUAUGGGACAUGAGAGGCAAACAGUUUCACACUGGAGUCAAGAUCCAUACCUGGGCCAUUGCAUGCUUCGCCCAGCAGCACCAGUGCAAGGAGGAAGCACUCAAAAACUUCACAAGUCAACUCCAGAAGAUCUCCAGCGAUGCCGGCAUGCCAAUCGGCAGCCAGCCGGUCUUCUGCAAGUAUGCCCAGGGGGCUGAUCAGGUAGAGCCCAUGUUUCGCUAUCUCAAGAGGCAGUACCCAGACUUACAGCUCAUUGUGGUGGUGCUGCCGGGAAAGACUCCAGUCUAUGCCGAGGUUAAGAGAAUAGGAGACACACUCCUAGGUAUCGCUACGCAGUGCGUUCAAAUGAAGAACGUGAACCGCACCACGGCCCAGACUCUGUCCAAUCUCUGCCUCAAGAUCAAUGUCAAACUGGGAGGGGUCAAUAACAUCUUGGUGCCCAAUCAGAGACCUGCAUUGUUCCGCCAGCCGGUUAUUUUCCUUGGGGCUGACGUCACACAUCCUCCUGCUGGAGAUGACAAGAAACCUUCCAUUGCUGCUGUUGUCGGCAGCAUGGAUGCUCACCCUAGUCGUUACACGGCCAGCGUCCACGUCCAACAGCACCGACAGGAGAUCAUAGCGGACCUGAAGAUCAUGGUCCGAGAGAUCCUGAUUCAGUUCUACCAGACGACUCGCUACAAGCCGGCUCGGAUCAUCCUGUAUCGAGAUGGAGUCAGCGAGGGCCAGUUUCCACAGGUUCUGGCUCAUGAACUGCGAGCUCUACGUGAAGCCUGCAUGUCCCUGGAGGCAGGGUACCAGCCCGGUAUCACAUUCAUCGCUGUGCAGAAGCGCCACCACACUAGACUCUUCUGCGCUGAUAAGAAAGAGCAGAUCGGGAAGAGCGGUAACAUUCCAGCAGGCACCACUGUCGAUACUGGUAUUACCCACCCGAACGAGUUUGAUUUCUACCUCUGCAGUCAUGCUGGUAUUCAGGGAACCAGUCGACCUUCCCACUACCACGUCCUAUGGGAUGACAAUGACUUCACCGCUGAUGACCUUCAGUGCCUCACCUAUCAACUGUGCCAUACGUAUGUCCGCUGUACCCGCAGCGUGUCCAUCCCGGCACCAGCCUACUAUGCGCACUUGGUGGCAUUCCGCGCACGCUACCAUCUGGUGGAGAAGGACCAUGACGGAUAUGUCAGUGGUCAUCAUUCCGGAACAAAUAGCAAUGGGGACGGUAGCCACACGACGAGUACCAGUGGUGGCCGUAGCAUUGAGGACAUGAUGAGAGCCGUCAAAGUUCACGAUGACAUCCUCCGAGUGAUGUAUUUUGCUUAAAAGCUUCACCUUUUGAUCCCUUGUGGGAUACCCCCCGCCCCUCUCCAUACAGGCUGCAAUCGGGGACGGAGAAAGUUGAUGUCAAGUCUCUGGAGGUAACCCAUAGCAACAGUAGUCUUGUUUUUGAUUGGCUGGUUUGUUUUUCCCCCCUGUCGUUGCCAUCGGCCAAAAGAAUAUUAAAGCUCGGUGCUAUUUUGAACGCUCAGAGUCUCGGGGGGGGGGGGGGGGCCCUUUUCAGGACAACUUCUUUGGCUACAUGCAAUAUAUUUGAAGAAACCAAUACUCGCCCGUGGAAGUAUUCUCAACUUGAGAGGAUUUUUUUUUCUUUUUUUCGGGGAGAGACUGUUUUUAAAUGUGCAGUGAAUUUGUUUGUUUUUCUUUUUUGUUACUUAGUAUUUAACUUUGAUGUGUCUGCGACAGUAUAUUUUUGAGAUUUUGUUUUUAGGUUUUUUAACCAUUUAGAUUCCGCAAUAAAUCCACACUCAGUCUUGGCAACUCUUUAUAAAAAAAAUGACAAAACUCUUGAGUAUCGGUGCUUUUGGACACAAAUGUAUUCUAGAGAGGUUUUGUGGUAACACCAUGGAAAUAUCUCCCAUGAGUAGGAUUUGAAACUUUGCAUGGUGGAGAUGCAAUCUAGAAAAGGCUUGUGGUGACACCAUGAAAAUGUGACAGCGUAUGCAAUGAGUGUCUUUUGAUGGCUUAGGCCUGGUGUUGUUCCCUUUCUGCUCUAGCAAUCAUGAAUGAAGGGGCCAGACUAGUUCCCCCUUCAAACCUCAGUUUGGUCAGAUUGAUUUUGAGUCGUUGGAAAACUAGAUGGGUGUUCCAUGAUUAUCGGCUGUGGCUAGGCAGCCAGAAGCAGCAGCCAAAGAUAAUGUCACACUGGUCAAAAAUAGAUGCUUGAGCUCAAGCCAGAGCCGGAUCCCAAAUCGAGGUUUUAGGAAAAGUCUAAGGCCACCCAAAUCAUGCGUAGUGUGUUGAUGAUUCAAAACCCAAAUCAGUCUGGUGCCAUUGAAACAGCAAACACAACUAAUCUUGACUCUGUGAUGAAGUCUGGGAACCUUGCCAGCUCCCACCUCCCCGUGCUUUGUGUUUGAGUUUCCUUCAUGUUUAAAGAACUCUCUCUAUAUAAAAAACACAAAACUUGUAACUCAAAACGCUGAUUGCAAAUAUUUGGGGUAACUUUGACAAUCUCCUGAUUGGUUAACCACUCAGCCUGCCGGCAAACGUGUAUCAAUAAUGUACAGUUAACAUAACUAUUACUAAACUUUAGAUCAAUGUAAAAAAUUUGAAACAAGUCUUUAUGCACUUCGGCACAGUGACACAGUUGUAACUUUUGGAUUGUGGAAUUCAAUUUUUUACUUUUUUUUUCCCAAUUGAAAUGGAAUCGUAUAUUUUUGAGUGUGUAUUGAUAUUGAACGUUGUUCGCCUUUGUUUAGAAGUACAGCAUGGCUUUUUUAGCACACUUUCUUGUACACACCUCCUAUCAUAUUGUACACACUGAACACACUAUGCACGAGAAAGCUUUGUAUACUUCUGUAUACAUGAAAUAGCAGUAUAGUUUUAGUUGAAUGAAUUGAACAUAGAGUAUAACCAUGAUGUAGUGCCUAUUUCAUGUCUCAAAUCAAGACAGACAAACCUGACUUUCCAAUUUUGUAUGACGUCACAGUUACUGGAGCUUUGGUUAAGGGUUUGGAUAUUAUGAAAAAUGUGAGCCAAAUGGUUUAGCGCGAUUCUACCCCUGGGAAGCAAGCCUUUUUAAUUUUUUUGUUUUGUUAAUUUUUAUAAGGUUUUGGUAUAUGCUUUCACGAGGCAAACCGAACACCUGGAUUCCAAUUCUUUAUGUUGCUUGGCAACAAAUAGGUACAUUAAUAAAGCCCCACCCACCAUAGCAACUUUCCCUCAAUGACACAUGAGGUGAGGGCGUCAACAAAAGCUUUUGUUGUGCCUUUAGAAAAAUCCUGUACAAAAAUGAUUCACCCAUUUUUCGCCAGAAUGAUGUCCUCAGAAGUUUUGGGUGUUUUUGGUUUUUGGUAACUUUUGCGCUUGAAGGUUAUUGAAUACAAUGGCAAUUUACACCAUUUUAAGAUGAAGUUAGAGACAAUUUUUGUCAUCACUUGCAUGUUGACUCAGUGUAUUGGGAAAAAAAGGAGGACCACAAGAAUGUUUUUGACAUUUCUCGUGCUCUGUAAAAUAAAUCUUUGUUUCGGUUUUUAACAUGUGUUAAACUCAUUGAGUUAUGGGGGUGUUAUUAAGGUUCUAGGUCACAUUCUUUGGUUACAACAAAACAAAUUAGGAUAAGGUUACUAGACCCAGACCAAAGGACUGGCUUUAUACUUUCAGGUUCUGCCCCUUAUUUUCAUACAUAUUCAACUUUGACCUUCAAAGUAACUGGUAGCAUGCUUGGCUUAUACAUAGUUAAGGUUUACACACAAGUACCAGCUACCUCAAUAAAGUGAUUCUCUGCAAAUAACCAGAGCAAGCUUCCUGAUUACAUCAAUGAAAUCCAUUGAGUGAUUUGCCCAGUUCCAAAGAGCUAAGAUUGAUCUUUAUUGGUCACUCGUUCUUCUAUAAAAGAUUUUGUCUGUUGCUGUAGGAUUUGUUUUUCUUUUCAAUAUUUGAUGGCAGUAUUUUAUAUAUCACAGUUGUUGGUUUAAAGAGGCUAGUGCUUUGUCAGUUAAUUUGGCUGAUGGCUAAUGAAGCCAUAGACACUGCCUAUAUUUCUUUGUAAGCUCUAAACAAGUAGAAUGUACAGUACUGAUUAUUAUGUUAAUAAGGGGUCGUAGGUCAAAGUUCAUACGAAUUGGCAGCUACAAGUCUGAACUUGUAACUGGGCUGUGUCUCGUCCCAAUGGAUUUGAUUUUGCUGUGCCUUUUUUUACCAGCUGUUCGUGCCUGAAGUGGCCUGUAUCAUUUGGUGAAAAAGGUUAUGGCAGUCAUUUUAUGAGACAAUCAGCAUUGCUUUUGUCGACUACCUGCCAGGGAUGAGGCAAAGAGUUAUUGCACUGUCCAUGGGAGCGAAGCUGAAGCUGGCCAUCACAAGGGGCCAAACUCGUGCAAGGACCAGUGGUUGUUUAGUGACAUACGUAGGGCAUGCUAUGUUUUUGUGUACUAACCACUCCUUUCCCGGAAAAUUGUAAAG